AUGUCCUGCAAUUUCAACUGCUCAGCUACCCCCGACUUAUCUCCAAACAGUGAUAUCACUGGGAUUGGUGACAUACAAAUUGUGACAGGCUUCUCCAUCCUGAUCAGCGGCUUUCUCCAGCUCAAAUGUGGCCUAUCAACCUAUCAUUGGCUAGUCAUCGUCCACCUGGCCUGGCUUUCCUGUCUGGCUCAGUUAUCUUGCUUGACGCUUCUACGCAACCAUCUCCAUGACCACCCGACCGAACGGGUAUUGAGGUUACUGGUAGUGGGUGCAUUGGUGAUACUGUUAAUCGUGGGGCUUAGUUUCACUGGAAACUAUCACUGGGCCUUUGACGCAGACAAUAGCGAUCACCCGACUCUCAGUGACCCUGCAAUCUGUUAUAUGCGCGCUCGGCCGGGGAUAAAUUCGGCUUUCUUGUCGAUGCCUUUCUCGAUGACCUUGAUGAUCUCCGGAUUUGCUUUAAGGGUGAUUAGCCUCUACGAGACGCUUUCAGUUGGUAUUGUCCGGCGAGCUAGGACGUUCCUUAUAGGACACAUACGAAGGUUGUUACGCAUUGUGUAUAAUUGGAGCCACGCAUCUGGCUCGCCCCGGAGUCUGGAAUUGAUGCUUUGCUACCUUUCCCUCUUGUCUGUCUACUUCACGUGUUUGGUGUUCGUGGAUGUGUGGGAUUCUGCCAUUAAAGAGGUCGUUUGGUUAAAUGUCGCCUUUGCAUUUGGUAUUGCCCACCUGAUAGGGACGAUAUAUCGACCGGGGAAGAUGGGCCUCGAGGCUUCGUUGACUGGUUUCAAUGAUUGGUCGUUUGGCCAAGUCGCGUCUGUGGUGUUACUAGCCGCACCGCUCAUUACAAUAAUCGAGUAUUUCAAGGACGAUGAGGCUCGCGGAGAAGAUGAGACUCCCACACAAGUUGAGGCUCCCGCACAAGAUAAGGAACAACCACUCUCUGACGGCCAAUCCGUACCCUCAACCGAACCCCCUUCUAUGUCAAAGCCAGCCGUCACGGACCUUAACGACCCCGAUAAUGAUUGGAUCUCCCACCCCAAAAUAUCUGAGCUGAUCCUCACACAUCUAGUCACAUUGACUUUUGCAGUUAUCCGCUGGAUGGCAGACCGUGAUCCUUUCGGCAAUACGAGCAAACUGUUAUUAGGUACUCUCCUCUACGCGGGCCUUUGGAUUGUUGUACUCAUUCUUUGCUCUUUGAUGGUGGAAACGGCAUUUGCAGAAAGGAACCCUAUACUUAAUGUCUCUCUACAACAAGGGGUAAGGUUAUACAGCAUUGCGUCUAUGAGUUUCCGCCUCCCCAUUUUGGCGAGGGUUGCUUAUUUUCUCCUUCCGCUGCUCAUUAUCGGUGCUUUUGCGUAUCGAUUUUGGGUUUGA